AUGGAGAAUGAACCCAGCGCCAAAAUCUCAAAGGCUUGCAACUCGUGCAAGGAGAAAAAGAAAAAAUGUGACCGGGCCAGCCCCAGAUGCGGCUACUGCGCUCGAAACGGCCUUACGUGUAAGUAUCGGGCGCUCCAGAAACCUGGGCUUCCUGUCGGAUACGGAAACACCAUGCUAGACAAGCUUCUGCUGCUUGACGCCAAGAUCGAAGGCAACCAGGAGUCGGCGCUUCUGGAGCUUCGCGUGAUGGCAGACCAGCUCAAGGACUUGAAGUCCAAAGUCAAGCUCAUCUUGAACCAGACCUCGACCAUUUCCAACACCUUCAGCUCUGUGGGCGUGCUUAGCGUCGAAUCCUUGACCACAUCUUCAGAUUCCCUGAGCCAGCACGCCAGCGACUCGGCCGACCGGACCGGCUCCGACCGCAGCCCCGAGCGGAAUCUUGCGCUGGCGAUUCUGCUUGAAAACGCCCGCAACGUGCUGUUUUCCCUGCCCUCGUGGCCGCUCCCGUCGUUGCCCAUCGUGGGCAAGUUGGUGGACUUGUUCUUCCUCCGCAUUUUCCCCGGUUUUCGUGUGGUGCACCCAAGUUCCCGAAACGCUCUUCUAGAUCUGUACGCCCAGCACUUGGCCAGCCGAAGCCCCGACGCCUCGAAGAUCGCCCCCAACUUUUUGGGCGUCAUUCUUUGCGCCAUCCGGUUUGCCCACCAGAUCUUGCUUUCCGAGGAGAUCGACCGGUGCCGCAACUUCUGUCGAACCACCAUUCUCUCCAAGUGCAUUGGAGUGGCGCUGGUGGAAGAUCUCCAGGCCAUGACGCUUUUGGCCUACGACCUGUUUGGCAAGUCCAACAACCCGCGCACGUGGGGCUACAUCUCGUUGAUUUCGUGUGCGGUGAUCCACUUGAAUCUCACCAAAGAGCCUCCGGCGUCGGAGAAGUUGUCGUUCCGCCAAAACGACCAGGGCACCAAGAGGGCUAAGAUUUUGUCUCCGCAGAACGUUAUUUCGCCGAAAACGCUAACGCCGUUCGACGAAGAGUGUCACCGAAACCUCUUUUGGGAAAUCUAUAUCUUGGACCGCCUUUCAAGUGUCUCCAACUCUUUCCCGUGCAAAUUGGACGGCAAGGAAAUCGACCGCCAGCUUCCAAUCAAGGCAAGCCUAUGGACUCCUACCAUGGAUGAGGAAAUGAACCAACUCGGACGCAAGCUAAAACAGCCAGCGCCGCGAGAUUGCUAUGACUCGGCAGCGUACUUGAUUGAAAUCGUCAACAUUCUUGGUGAUAUCCACUUGUUCUUGAGAGAGUCCAUUGACGUGACCAACAUGAAGGAAAUUCUAAGUUGGCAAAUGAAAUUUUCCGAGUUUGACAACGAGCUUCUGAGGUGGAAGGCUUCUUUACCCAUGGUCUAUCAGCAGUAUUUGGAUCUGCAAGUGAUCAAUUUCGAACAAAAUGUCACCGUCAAGGAUGUACUUUUGUUUUCCAUCUACCACAUGGCUGUGAUUCGUUUGAAUUCUGCGUUGGGCUACCAAAAGUUUGACUCGAACUAUUUUUUGUUCUCUAACACUGCAAGAACAAAGUGCUUGGAUUCGGCAGAAAGUAUAGCCUCGUUUUCGGAAAAGUUGCCUGUACUUCUUGGACACUUACAAGGAGAAAUAUUUUCGUCGUGUGGCCCCUUUUUCGGUUUCACUGUUUGGGUGGCAGCACGUCUAUUGUUGGUGAAUGCCAUCAACAAUGGCGAAGGGUUCUCACCCAGCUUGGAUCAGUUGAUUUCUGUAUUGACAAAAAUGGGCCAUACUUGGGAGAGUUGCAUGAAAUACAGGGACAUUCUUGGGUUCCUCAAGGACGAAGAGCUUGAAAACAUGUCCCACGACUUGGGAUUGCUUUCGAGAGAGGUUGGCCUUGGUAAUCCGGGCGAAGUUUUCCCAGAAGGUGAGGAAGGAAAUGCAGAAGAACGGUAUCACUCGAAAAGCGCCAAAGUGUUCUCAGAUAUGCGUUUCAAUGCCUACAGCCUUGAUGUGCUCUUGUCGAAAAAGAUUGAGCAGUUCAGAAAAGAGGGAAAGGGCGAGAUCUCGCCUCACAACCAGACAGACUUUUCCAACUUUUUUGAAUGGUUUAAGAUGCCCAUAAACGAGCUCAACUCGCCAUUUUUCAACCAAGUGCAGCCUGGUCCUUAG